UAUAUUGACGAUAGAAAAUGUUUGACUCUAAUAUUUUAUUUUGUUGUGUAACUGUGUCACCUGAACUAUUAUAUCCUCUUUAUUAGUAUUCUUGACAUGGAAAAAAAUCAUAGAAAAGCAAAAUGAGCGAUCAGGAUUUCUUGAGUAGUAUUAAAGAUUUCCAUUUCACAAAUGAAACUGAUAUUAUUGAAAUAAGUUGUAGUUCCUCUGAUAGUUUAUGCUCUGGGUCAGAAAUGCAUAUUUGUAGCUCUAACUGUUUGAAAGUUAGUAUACGAGAACUGCUUGAUCCCUCUUUUGGAAUGUAUGUGUGGCCAUGUGCUCCAGUUCUUGGCAAGUAUGUUUGGUUUCACAAAGAAAGAUUGAAGAAUAAAGCUGUAUUAGAGCUAGGUGCAGGUACGAGUUUAGCCUCAAUUGUUGCUGCAAAGUGUGGUUCUGACGUUGUUGUAACCGAUUCCAUGAAAUAUAGUUCUACUCUUCAAUUGGCAAGAGAAAACAUGUUACUUAAUAAAAUUCCUGAUGCAAGUUUUAAAAUAAUGCCUUUAACUUGGGGUGAUUUUACUCCUUACUUAAUUCAGCUGAAGAAUAUAGAUUUUAUUCUUGGAUCGGAUGUAUUCUACGAUGCUAAAGAUUUUGAAGAUCUUAUUGUUACUGUAUCGUUCAUACUGAAAAGAAAUAUUCAGGCUGAGUUCUGGUGUAGUUACGAGCAUAGGUGUUCGGACUGGAAUAUAAACUAUUUGAUUAAAAAAUGGAACUUAACCUGUGAAGAAAUUCCUCUUCAAUCAUUUGGUGCUGAUGGAUAUAAUAUUGCUGGCUAUGAUUUGCCUGGUCUUAAAACAAUAAGUUUAUUUGUUUUUCGUCACAUUGAUUCUUCAGAAGCAGUAUGAAAUGAACAAAAAUGUUUUCAAUGCCUAAUUUUAAUGUACAUGAUCAAAAGAUUGCAUUUGAAACUUUGAAGGAUUUAUGUUACCAGUUAAA